GUUUUCAAGUUAGUAGAAGCGGUACUUAUCUUCGACUGAAUCCAUGAAACAGCGCAACUCAAGAAGGGAAGAGGCAUAUAAAAACUGUCCCAGUUAAGUUAAUUAGAUCCCAAAAUGAUAAACAUGCCAAACAUAUUGAUGGGAAAUUCUGUACAAAAACAAUCAGGCGUCUUGAAGAGAUAUCAUCUCUCCUUGGUCCAAAAGAAGUUUUUUCUCAGUCAGGACGACAAAGCCAGGGUUCCGAUUGGAUUGACUGCUGCAAAUAAGCAAGCGCCGUUGCUUGUGCAUAUGGAGUAUAGAGUUACUCUACCAGAUCAUGACUGGGUUAUUGCUAAUAAACACAAAUUGAUCCCAUCUGUGUACGUUGCUAUUGAAGUGCACUCUGAUGGUUUAGGGAAACCGAGUUUCGUAGAUUACUCCGGCCCUACAUAUAUAGCUGUUAGAUCUGGAAGACAUUCGUCAUCGACUGCAUUAUCUCACGCUCUUGAUUUUAAUAAAUUAAUUGAUUUUUCUAAAAAUGGUUCUUUUGUUAAACCAGUUGUCAUCUUGACUGUAGAUGGAGGUCCAGGUGAGAACCCUCGUUAUCAAAAGAUAGUCUAUUUUUGGCUGCAAAUGCACCAGGAAGGAGCGCUUUUAAUCGAGUCGAGAGAAGAAUGGCACCAUUAAGUCGUGAACUUUCAGGCGUGAUCCUACCUCAUGAUCAUUAUGGAAAUCAUCUUAACAAUGCUGGUUUUACGAUAGAUAAUACUCUUGAAAAAAUAAAUUUCUAGUAUGCUGGUGAAACUUUUGCGUAAAUUUGGUCUAAUGUUUCAAUUGACAAGUUUCCUGCAGUUGCUGAAUUUAUUGUUCCAGAAAAAUCAGAAAUCUUAUCUAGUACUUUAAAAACCAAGGACAGCUUCUGGUAUGCUCGUCAUGUGCAAACAAGCCAGUAUUUUCUCUAAAUAGUUAAGUGAGAAAAUCGGAAUUGCUGUAAACAACCAAGAGGAUUAUAUUUUACAGUCUGAUCGUUUUUUUCCACCAUUGAUACCGCUAUCACAAUUCCCAGAGGAACGGCUCCAUGUUCCGAACGCAUUAUGCCAUAAAAACCACAAGUUUCCGUCCCUUUUUAUUGGAAAAACCUUAAAGUUAGAUGAUAUUAUGUCUAACCUGACAACGGGUUAUAGAGUUUUACCUUAUGAUCUAUUUUGUCCAUCUUUGCAAUCUCUUCUUAAGAGUCAAUGUUUUAAAAAAUGUUCAAUGUAUUUUUCAUCCAAUGUGUUAUUGAAAACACGUUACUGUCCAUGUAAAUUCAAAAUCACCAAUCGAUGCUGCUUCUGACAUAAUCAGGCAAGUGCCUACUUGUUUGGCUGCUUGUCUUCAAACUGAGCUUAUGGCAAUAACUUUGUUUGAGGAAAACGGAGAGCAUAUCGAUUGGAUUGAAGAAAAUGAAUUAGAUCUAUCUAAUGUUCAAAUCAUACCAAAAGAAGAUGUAGAAAAAAAUCUUUCCUUGUCACUUUACACAAUGGAUGAACACUUCUACUCACCUUGGAUAAAUGCUGAUUAUUAUAUUAUAU